AUGGUUGGUCUUGCAACUGCACUCGUAGUUCUUCUCCCUGCGCUGCAAGUUCACGCCCUGGCUCCUCUUGGACGGCGUGGAACACCUAUUGCCAAUGAAUACAUUGUCCGCCUUCACGAUGAAGCCAGCCUCCUUUCCGAAGGAUCUGCCAUGAAGAUUCUCAAGGAGGAUCCUCGCUUCGUCUACAAGUCUACCAUCAAGGGCUUUUCCGCCACCAUGGACGCCCAAACCCUAGAGGCCAUACGUCAGCAUCCCGAUGUCAUGUACAUUGAAGAAAACGGCAUGUCUAAAGCGGCGCUCUACUCAGCAGGAAUCCCUACCAAGCGAACAACUCCCCUCAUGACGGAACACCAAAGCGACUGGCUCAACCACGAAAAGGCCGUCUGGGGUCUUGCUCGCGUCUCAAGCAUCAAACACAAGGGCUGGCUCGGCACGUACACAUACCACAAGAGCGCAGGUGCUGGCGUCUGCGCCUACGUGAUUGACACCGGCGUCGACGACAAGCAGGCGGAUUUCAAAGGCGGCAUCAAGCAGCUCAAGAACUGGAUGGACAAGGAAGAAAACAAGGAUCUCCACGGCCACGGUACCCACGUUGCAGGCACCCUGGCCUCUUUUACAUACGGCGUAGCCAAGGCCGCCUAUGUCAUUGGCCUCAAGGUCCUGGGCAAGAAUGCUACCGGUCCAGACGACGGUGUCGUGGCAGCCAUCGACUUUGUCGCCGAAGAUGUACCCAAGCGCAACUGUAGCGGUGUUGUUGUGAACCUGAGCCUUGUAGCAGACGAAUACCAUCAAAUCAUGAACGACGCCUGCGCUAAUCUCGUCAAAAAGGGUUACAUGGUAGCCGUGGCAUCUGGUAACUCCAACCGAGACGCGGGUAAGGACUCGCCUGGCUCGGAGCCCAUGGUUUGCAACGCCGGUGCUUUCGGAAACGGUGACAAGCGAUCUGGAUUCUCCAACUUUGGUAAACUCAUCGAUAUCAACGCUCCCGGCGAAGCUGUCAAGUCGCACUAUCCCGACGGCAAGGACAACAGUUUGUCUGGCACAUCCGUGGCAUCGCCUCAUCUGGCUGGCCUCGGCGCCGUGCUCAUCUCAGAAAAGGGCAUCAAGGGGUCUGAGGCGUGCGACGAGCUCAAGAAGCUUGCCCACAAGAAUGCUAUCGAGGGUCUGGUAGGCGAGACGCCCAACCUGUUGUCCUUUAACGGCAACCCGGGUGCAAAAUAA